UAUUGGUUGAAACCUGGUGGGCCGUCAAUCACGAAAACCUCCACUAACUCGCUGAUGAAUUAUAGAUGAAAGGAAGCUGAAAUGCAGAUUUGGUGCCAAACACGAACACACUACACACAAUCACAUUUCAUAGACGGACCAUUUAACUUACACAGCUUCAUCCACAGCUAGAUGCAUACAGAAAAGCGUUAAUUUCAAGUGAGCAGCCGUCUGCAGCCUUUAUUGCAUCCACAACAUUCACAUUAGCGAAAAACCAUGCGAGGAUUUAAUAAGGAUGGCACUGCAGUCAUCCUUGUUUUGCUUAAUUUAAUUCUUUUUGAAACAGCAGAUGUAGAGAAGGCGAUCUACACCAAUCAUUUCUUGGUUCAAUUGCAUGAAGGGGAAGACGUAGCCAAGCAAGUUGCGGCAGAUCACGGUUUUAACAGUGGCAAAAAGCUCCCUUUUGCGGAAGGACUAUUCCAUUUUUAUCACAAUGCCAUUCCAAAAGCAAGGAGAAGACGCAGCCUUCAGCAUAUGCAACGCCUUGAAAAGGACCCAAGGGUGAAGAAUGUAUUGCAACAAGAAGGGUUUAGCAGAACAAAACGAGGCUACAGAGAUAUUAAUGAAAUUGACGUUAAGAUGAAUGACCCAUUGUUUACCAAACAGUGGUACCUUAUAAAUACCGGUCAAGCAGAUGGGACCCCAGGACUCGAUCUGAAUGUGGCUGAAGCUUGGGAAUUGGGCUUUACUGGAAAAGGUGUGACCAUAGCAAUCAUGGAUGAUGGAAUUGACUACUUGCAUCCUGAUCUUGCCUCCAAUUAUAAUGCAGAAGCCAGCUAUGACUUUAGCAGCAAUGACCCCUAUCCCUACCCUCGCUACACGGACGACUGGUUUAACAGCCAUGGAACUAGAUGUGCUGGAGAAGUUUCUGCAGCAGCCAAUAACAACAUCUGUGGCGUAGGAGUGGCGUUCAGCUCAAAAGUGGCAGGUAUUCGAAUGUUGGACCAGCCUUUUAUGACUGAUAUAAUCGAAGCUUCAUCAAUAAGUCACAUGCCUCAAAUUAUCGACAUCUACAGUGCCAGUUGGGGGCCAACUGAUGAUGGUAAAACUGUAGACGGACCACGGGAGUUGACUUUACAAGCCAUGGCAGAUGGUGUGAAUAAGGGCAGAGGCGGUAAGGGAAGCAUCUAUGUCUGGGCUUCGGGAGAUGGAGGCAGUUAUGAUGAUUGCAACUGUGACGGCUAUGCAUCUAGCAUGUGGACCAUCUCUAUCAAUUCAGCAAUCAAUGACGGCCGCACAGCCCUUUACGAUGAAAGCUGUUCUUCCACCCUGGCUUCUACAUUUAGCAAUGGAAGAAAGAGGAACCCUGAAGCUGGUGUGGCUACAACUGAUUUGUAUGGAAACUGCACACUGCGUCAUUCUGGGACAUCUGCUGCUGCGCCAGAAGCUGCUGGAGUGUUUGCUUUGGCUUUGGAAGCUAACCCAAAUCUAACCUGGCGUGAUAUGCAGCACUUGGCGGUGUUAACAUCCAAAAGGAAUCAACUGCACGAUGAGGUUCACCAAUGGCGUAGAAAUGGAGUGGGUUUGGAGUUCAACCACCUCUUCGGAUAUGGAGUUCUUGAUGCAGGUGGCAUGGUCAAAAUGGCAAAGGACUGGAAGACAGUUCCUGAAAGAUUUCAUUGUGUGGGAGGUUCAAUACAAGAAACACACAAAAUACCAUCAAAGGGCAAGCUGAUUUUGACCAUUACGAUGGAUACGUGUGAAGGGAAGGACAACUUUGUUCGAUACCUGGAGCAUGUCCAGGCGGUGAUCACUGUCAAUGCUACUAGAAGAGGAGAUCUGAACAUAAACAUGACCUCUCCCAUGGGCACAAAAUCCAUUCUGCUGAGUCGCCGCCCCCGAGAUGACGACUCCAAGGUUGGCUUCGACAAGUGGCCUUUUAUGACAACGCACACUUGGGGAGAAGACCCCAGGGGGACCUGGGUCCUGGAGAUUGGCUUUGAGGGGACUGCAUUGCAGAAAGGGGUGCUGAAGGAAUGGACUCUGAUGCUCCAUGGAACACAAAGUGCCCCUUACAUAGACCAAAUAGUGAGAGAUUAUCGGUCUAAACUGGCCAUGUCUAAAAAGGAGGAGCUGGAGGAAGAACUGGACGAGGCUGUGGAACGAAGCCUGAAGAGUUUGCUGAGCAAGAACUAGCCCUCUUGUCAUCUGCAUGUCGGUCUGUUUCAUAAACUUCACACGCUUUCAGUCUUGGUUCUACCCUCCUUCCUGUGUUUACUAGCCCUAAUAUACAAUUAAUGUUUCUUGUGGUCAGAUAAUCACAAUUUGUAAUUUAGCUUUUUUUUUUCUUUUUACUCUUUAGUAUAUGCUGUUAUUAUAUUUUGGUUUUGGUUCCCUGCCCUAAACCUACUACUUGUGUGUACAGUUUAUGUACAUGAUUUUGUGUCAUACUACUUAAAGGUUAAUAUCUUGCAAACAAAGCAGUGCCAUUUUUUUCCCAUUAUAUUUUUGAGAUAAAUAUUGUUUAUAUAAAAAAUUUCGAAUUGUGUGGUCAACUUACAGCCACUGGUUUUGAUCAUGUUUCUUUAAAGAGUACAUUACAAAACAAUUAGGUGCAGAUGAAGUAGACUAAUUGGAAAGAAACAUUUGCUUAUGAGAAUACUUGAUCAAAGUAUUUUUGUUGAAAGAGGGAGACUAUCUGAGACAAUAGCUAGGACUUAGAUUGGAGAGAGAGAGAGAGAGAGAGAGAGAGAGAGAGAGAGAGAAUCACUGACUUUGUUAUUAAUAGAACAGCCUGGCCAUUUCAUGUUUCAAUGUAGAUUUCACACUGAUAUUUGCUGUUUUAUAAAAAAAUUAAUGUCAGCUUCUCAAAGCUGUUUACUCCAAAUCAUCAUUAGUUUUUUUUUUUUUUUUUUUUUUAAGAAAAGGACCUAAUAAAAUGACCAAACCAGAAAUAAAGUGAGGCUUUUCAUUCAGGGGCUUGAAAGUAAUCUUAAAUCGUUUCUUAUUAGUUUUGGAAUUGUAUUUGGAUUUUUUUUUUUUUUUUUCCUUUUGAGAAAACAAUUGUGCUGAAUACAUUUUGGAGUAAAUAGGUUUGAUUUUCCGCAUUCAAUGAAAAAAAAAAACCUUUAGUUCGACAUUCCAAUUACAGCACAUGUUUUAGGCCACACUAAAUUGAAAUUAUAGCAUCAAUGUGGCCACAGCAGUGGCAAUAGCUGUGGCACAAUUCUGUUUGAAUCUAUGCCUACAUCAGUACAAGGCAUUGUGAAGACCUUGUGAAGUACAUGACUGUAUCAUAAUUUAUAUUGCAAGCCCAGUGGAGUCUGAUACUAAGUGAUUCUUUUGGUUUGAGUGUACUGUAGUUUUACUUAAAUCUUGUUGUGGUGCCGUUAAAUGUUUAAAAAUUCCAUGUGAUAUAUAUUAGCACCAAACCUUGAAAUCUUAAAAGAAUGAAAUAUAUCUUUUUUGUUACUGUAGUCUUCUUUAGUAAGACAAAGCUUCAUCUACAUCAUCAAUAAAUUCUGUUAUUCCUGCAUAAUAAUUUAGUGAAUUUGAAACCAUUUUAAUGACUUUAAUGACCCAUGACUUUAAAAGCAUUUAUUUGAUUUCAUAUCAGUUUAUAAGACAGA